AUGGCAGACUUGAAUUUCAGCGCAGCUACGGUAGCCAUCUUUGGUUAUGUUUCACAAGAGCGUGCGGCCCAACGUGUAGCUAAUGAAAAUAACGAACAACGAGAGCGACAUCUGCAAGAUUUGCGGCAGCGUACGGCAGAGAAUGUAGUUUCUGAGAAUGACGAACAACGAGAGCGUCUUCUUGCGGCACUUCGUGUAGCUAAUGAAAAGGAAGAUCAACAGUUUAGAAGAACAAAGACGUCGAGACGGAAGAUCGACGUAGGGCUUUAG